UAUGGCUUACAACCGCCGAUAAACCCUACCAAAGAAGAAGCAAUGGAUGGUUUAGUUAAACUAAUAUUUGGCAACACUGCCAGCAGCAGAGACUGAUCUGCGGUGAACUAGCUAGCUAACGUUACCAUUCUAGCUCAUUUAGGCUAUUUCCAAAAAAAGUAUAUAGUUAUGAAAACCACGUGGUGGCGUUAUUCCAUUGAUCACAUUCGAGACUGUCACCAAAUAAUCAAGUUGUUCGUGUACUUUAGCGUUUGCUGCUUCGAGUAGCCAACGUUACUGUAGCUAGCUAGCCGAGCGGCCUUUGCUUUGGCUUCCGCCAAUGUAAACUUCGUUCACCGUGGAGUUGACUUCAGCUAGUCUCUCAAUGUAACGUCGACUACUUGCCAGUUCCAAAACCUGCACAUCCGUAAUCCUGUUCGGACUCUUGUUUCGCUCAGCCUGUGUAGCGGGCAGCCGGCUAUGGCACGGUUGUGAGAUGGAGGUGAUGGAGGCGAUGGAGGUGGACUUGCAGCUGGGGGGCCCCAGUAGGGAACCAGAGCCAGAUGUUGUGGCAGACCAGGUAGAUCUCCCUAUCGUCAUCCCUGACUCUGGCAGUGAAACAGAGGACGAGGCAGAUGCAGCUCCCUGUGACCCACCACAGCUCCCGAACACCUGGGCGUUCAGUCAGAACAGAGCCAGAGUGGAGGGUCAAGUUGGGUCCAGGAUAAGAAGGGAGGGUCAUAUUGAGCCCAGGGUCACCACAGCAGCCACCCUGAGGCAUCGGAGAGCCAGGCCAGGCCUCAGGGAGCACUCCUCCACCCAGACCGCUGCUCGUGCUAGCAGCUUCCUGGAUUUCCUGCUGCGAGUCCCUGCAGCCAACCAGGCCGAGGGCGAUUCUGGGAGUACGACGGAGCUGAGCGAGUCGGAGGAUGAGGCAGAUCCUCCGGGGCCAGCAGCAGAGCCUCCCAACUCGGCCGUUCCCUCCAGCCCUCGUCCAAACCCUCCAGUUGCAGUCACGCCACCCGAAGGCCUUUAUUCUUCAGAUUCUAAUGCAACCACAGAGGCUGCGAGGACCGUGACUGGAAAUCAAGUGAAUCCUGAGGUUGUAUCAGACCCACUAGCCUCCAGUGCACCGGCCCUUCGGUUGUCCCAGGGGGAUGAGGGGGAAGGGGAGACCUGCUCCAUCUGCUUUGAGCCCUGGACCACGUCAGGGGAGCAUCGCCUGGCCACCCUGCGCUGCGGACAUCUCUUUGGCUACACCUGCAUCGCCCGCUGGGUGAAGGGCCAGGGCCAGAGAGCCAGGUGUCCCCAGUGCAACAAGAAGACCAAGCGCACCGAUAUCGUCCUCCUGUACGCGCGCAAGCUGAGGGCUCUGGACAACACCGAGCAGGAGAGUAUGAAGAGGUCACUGGAGCAAGAGCAUUCACUGCGUAGAAAGGCUGAACUGGAGUCAGCGCAGUGCCGACUAAAACUGCAGGUGAUGACAGACGAAUGUGGAGAACUGCACAAGCAGCUACAGGAGCUGAAGACUCUGAUGGCCCAGCCUGGCUGUGGGCCCUCACAGAGCUCAGCGACAUCUCUCUCUGGGCUCUUUCAGAGACAGGACAGCACCCAGGGGGGCCACUAUGUCUUCUCCAAGGCCGUGCUGGUGUCCCAGGUGGGGGGAUGCAGGGUGCUGUCUUACUGUGAACCCCUCAGCUGCCUGCUGGCCUCUCAGCCCUCCCCACACACUAGCCUGGUGCCCGGCUGCGGGGUGAAGAAGGUGAGCACGUUGAAUCUGAAGGCCUGCCAGUACAUUCCCAUCCAUGUCAAACAGAUCAGAGGCCUGGCCUUCAACAGACAGGCCGACAGCCUCCUGCUCUCCGCUGCCCUGGACAACACCAUAAAACUCACCAGUCUAAUGACCAACACAGUGGUGCAGACCUACAACACAGGCAAACCAGUGUGGAGCUGCUGCUGGUGCCUGGACAACAACAACUAUGUGUACGCUGGUCUCAGUAACGGCUCCGUGCUGGUGUAUGACACCAGGGACACCAGCACACAUGUCCAGGAGCUACAGCCACUACGUUCCAGGUGUCCCGUGGCAUCCCUGUCCUAUGUGCCUCGUGCUGCCUCCAGCUCGUUCCCAUGUGGUGGCCUCAUCGCAGGCUCUCUGGAUGGGGGCUGCUUCUGGGAGCAAGUAGGCGGGACCACCUACAGACCCCACAUGUUGCCCCUGGAGACAGGAGGCUGCACAGACAUCCAGGUGCAGCCAGAGAGCAGACACUGUUUGGUCACCUACAGACCAGGGCGCUCCAAGCCAUCGCUGCGCUGUGUUCUGAUGGAGCUGAACAGGACCCCCCAGCAGGACGUGACUCAGGAACCCUCGUGUUCCUGCUACCCAGUCCAGACAUUCAGCGCUGGCUCCUCCUGCAAGCUGCUCACCAAGAAUGCCGUGUUCAGAAGCCCGGCCGGGGAGGGCUCCACUCUGGUGUGUGCCGGGGACGAGGCCACCAACUCCAUCAUGGUGUGGGAUGCAGGGAGUGGAUCCCUGAUUCAGAGGUUGUCUGCUGACCUCCCAGUGUUGGACAUCUGUCCAUUUGAGGUGAACCAGGGCAGUUACCUGGCCUCUCUCACUGAGAAGAUGCUCAAAAUGUACAAGUGGGAAUGAGGAGGAAUUAUGGAGGACACCACCAGCAUAGAACAUGUAUGAGUAGCAUGGCUGCUGCACUGUAUAAAUGGCAUCCAUUUAGUACAGCCUUUUCUUACCCAAAUCACUACAGAUAAACUUUUAUUGGGUUUGCAUAGCAGUAGCGGGACUGGAGAGCCAUCACACUGCUGCGGUGUUAUGAAGGAACUGAUAACUGGAGUGCCUGUACAGAUACACUACUGCCCUAAAUGUUUACAUUAAGAAUCACAGAGAACAUCUUAUCAAAAAAAUAUAUUUUGCUUUCUUGUUUUUUGAUGCAUGUGACGAUCAGUUAGUGUUGUCAGUUAACCAUGCUGUUGACAAAUCUUUAAAUGUGUUCCAUCUCUGGUUUUAGAGACUGAUCCAUGGAUGAAAAUCAGGACAUCAAUGGCUUGUUACAUUUCCUGGAUCCUGAUUGGCACAACUGAUCAGCAAGCUGCAUUAAAAAAAUGUAUUUAAAAAAUCCUUCUGGGUGCGUUUCAUUUUUUAUUUCCUUAUUUUAUUUCCAGAGGAAAUUGUGUAUUUUAUAACAAAUGUUUGUAUAAUAUGUAAUAAAAUAGAAAUCAUUGGU